AAUAGCAGCUGCUGUGUUGCUGUGGAUCAUGUACGGGACAGACUGUUCCUCAGAGGCGGAGCUGUGACUCAGGCUGGACGGCGGGUUCAAUAACCAGCUGCGAGUGAUUUAUCCUCUCAGGCGGGGUCCUGUUGUGGCCUGAGAAUAAUGUUUUUGACUGGUGAGACGGUGACACCUCAUGGUGUCUGUAACACAAAUGUACAGAAGUUGUACAAUGAAGUAGCAUCUUUGUGUGUCCAUAAUGGAGAAGCAAGAAAGAUAUAGUAAAAGAGGUAGCUGCUGGUUCCCCUCUCGUCACACGUCUGCUCAGAAGCCCACAGCCGCUACGCUCAAACGGCACGGUGAGGAAACCUGGACACCCUGUAGACCCCUGGAGCCUCUGUGCACCCGUACAGUAGAGAGAUCAGCUCCUCCAUCGCUGCCACCCCUUCACCUCCCCCUCUCACCUUCAACACCACCCGCCUCCUCUUUUUUAUCCUCACAGCUUCCACACCCUUCCUCCCCACCAACCCCCGUCCUCACCAUGCAGCUAUCCCACUGGCCUGCCAUCUCGCAGCAUUCCAGCCGGCCAUGCACACAGAGGCCUAUUGUGUGUGCUGGGAGACGGCAGAAGCCACUGCACAGUCGAGCACCGGGGGAAACGGUUGUGGAGAGCUGAAACUGGACUCAGUAUUCCAGCUGGACUGUGACAGAUCUGAAGUUAGACACAGAACUUGUUUGAUGUUUUAAAUAGCAUCAGUAAAGUCAUUAGGCCAUCAGGUGUAGCUGAUCUAGCCCGUUUUAGGUUACACUCAUGUUUUCUCUAUGCAGUCUUCUUUGAUAUGAACGCAAAUCCAAAAAGGUCAGACAAUUGUUCAUCUAACUUCUGAUCAGGAGGAACAUUGUCCAAACUUUUAUUCCUACAUGUGGAAUGAGGAUGGCUUCCUAGGAGGUCAUAACCCUUGAAUUACUGUGCCUCUCAUGACAAAGUCGUCUUUUCAAGCCCACUCACCUGGUCUUAUCAACUGUAGAACCACACAGGGAAGUUCACCUCACAUCUGAGCCACCCUCAUAUUAAAGAUUCUUAGCAUGAAGUAAAAAAAAACAACCCUUAGACCAUCUAUAACUUAUUUACACCUUCAUUCCUGCACUGCGAACAUUCUAGUGACCAGCUAAAAGUAAAAUCCAUCUGAAAGUCCAUCAUCUAGUCAAGUUUCAGCUGUUUGUGAAUGACUUUGUUGACACCUAAAUAUUAUUUUGCACGAAUGAGUUAAGAAGCAUUUUCUCCUGAAGAGGAAAAAAGCUGCCAAAGGCCAAAAGAAAAUCCUGAAGAGCUUUUAAUCAAAACCCCGUUAGAAUAUAACAAUGGCCUAAUAAUGCUUGGAGGCCAAUAUUAAGAAAUGAGUCAUGAGACUUUUGCACAAAACUGUUAGAAAAAUAAAAUGUGGUUAUAAAAGCAACAGAAGGAUCCCAUCACCUAUUUUAGAUCAUCGAUCCAUCCAUCCAUCCAUCCAUUUUCUGAACCCGCUUUGUCCACGCAGGGUCGCGAGGGGGGCUGGUGCCUAUCUCCAGCGGUCAACGGGCAAUCAGGCGGGGUACACCCUGGACAGAGAGCCAGUCCAUCGCAGGGCAACACAGAGACACACAGGACAAACAAUCAUGCUCACACACACACACACACACACACACACACACACACACACACACACACACACACACACACACACACACACCUAAGGACAACUUAGACAGACCAAUCAACCUAGCAGUCAUGUUUUUGGACUGUGGGAGGAAGCAGGAGUACCCGGAGAGAACCCACGCAUACACAGGGAGAACAUGCAAACUCCAUGCAGAAAGAUCCCAGGCCGGGAAUCGAACCCAGGACCUUCUUGCUACAAGAACCACAUCUUCUAACAACUGCGUCACUGCACAGCCGCCUAUUUUAGAUCAGUGGUUCCCAAACUGGGGUCCGGGACCCCCCGAGGGGGUCCCCAAUAUUUUGUCUGUGAAGUUGAAAAGAUUUCAUUUGUAAAAAUUACAUUCAUAAAAUCCCAGCAGCACAC